GGUUGGGGAGCCAUUUCGAUUGCGGCUUCCGGCGUCAACGGUGACGCCGCUUGGCUUGGUGCGGCGUGGUUUUCUGCGCUGCGUAACGGGGAAGACCGUUGGCUCAUGGAGCCAGAGAGGGAAAGGACCGGGAGGAUCCCCAAGAAGGGCAGGAAGAGGAGGCGGGUCCCGAAUAAGGUGGUCGGGACGGCUGAGGCGUUGAGAGCCUCUUGGAAUCUUGAGAGGCAGCAGCCCGAGGCCAAGAAAGCCCGCUUAUCUACCAUUUUAUUUGCUGAAAACUGUGAAGUAACUCAUGGCCAGCUAUGUGAAUUGCUGAAGUAUGCAGUGCUGGGCAAAUCCAAUGUUCCUCAACCCAGCUGGUGCCAGCUUUUUCACCAAAAACACCUGAACAACGUGGUGGUUUUUAUACUGCAGGGAAUGAGUCAGCUACACUUUUACAGGUUCUAUUUGGAGUUUGGAUUUCUCCGAAAGGCAUUCAGACACAAGUUCUGCUUGCCUCCCCCAUCAUCUGAUUUCCUAGCUGAUAUCAUUGGGCUGCAAAAGAAACAAAUAAUUCGAGAUCUGCCCAAAGCAAUGGAAGGGUCUUUACCUUCUGCCAGCUCAAAAGUCAGCAUCAACCUGCAGAAUGACCCCAUCGUUCAAAAGUAUGGCUCUAAGAAAGUGGGCUUGACCAGAUGCCUUCUCACAAAGGAGGAAAUGAAAACAUAUCACUUUCCAUUACAAGGUUUUCCUGACUGUGAAAACUUUGUGCUUACCAAAUGUAAUGGUUCUGUAACAGACAACAGUCCUCUUUUUGGGCUUGACUGUGAAAUGUGCCUGACAUCCAAGGGGCGAGAACUAACACGCAUCUCAUUGGUUGCUGAAGGAGGCUGCUGUGUUAUGGAUGAACUUGUUAAACCUGACAACAAGAUUAUGAACUACCUCACCAGUUUCUCAGGAAUCACAAAGAAGAUUCUUAACCCAGUGACAACCAAACUCAAAGAUGUACAAAGACAGUUAAAAGCACUGCUUCCUCCUGACGCUGUGUUAGUGGGUCACUCCUUAGACUUAGAUCUCAGAGCACUGAAAAUGAUACAUCCAUAUGUUAUUGAUACAUCAUUGCUUUAUGUCAGAGAGCAGGGCAAAAGAUUUAAGCUCAAGUUCUUAGCCAAAGCUAUUUUGGGGAAGGAUAUACAGUGUCCAGAUAGGCUUGGUCAUGAUGCCACAGAAGAUGCUAGAACAACCCUUGAAUUGGCUCGGUAUUUCUUCAAAUAUGGCCCAAAGAAGAUUGCAGAACUAAAUCUGGAGGCAUUAGCUAGUCACCAAGAACUACAAGCAGCAGGCCUAGAGCCGAGAAGUACAGCAGAAGUAGUUCAGCAGCUAAACACAAGUGUUUUAGAAUGCUUAGACUCAAUGGGCCAGAAGCUCCUGUUCUUGACCCGGGAGGCAGAUGCUAGUGAACUUUCUUCUUCCAAAAACUGUCAAACUAUCAAGUGCCUUUCAAAUAAAGAGGUUCUUGAACAGGCUAGAGUGGAAAUCCCCCUGUUUCCCUUCAGCAUCGUGCAGUUCUCUUUUGAACCCUUUUCACCCAGCCUCACUGAGGAGAUGAACAAAAGGAUGAGGAUCAAGUGGGCAGAGAUGUCAACUGUCUAUGCUGGGCCAUUUAGCAAAAAUUGUAACCUUAGGGCUCUGAAGAGGCUGUUUAAGAGUUUUGGUCCAGUCCAGUCAAUGAGUCUUAUUCUUGAAACCCAUCAGCCACAUCUCUGUAUACAAUACGAAGUCCUGGAAGCUGCCCAGCUGGCCAUAGAGUCUUUGAAUGGCACCCUGGUAGAAGGUACCUGCAUCAAGGUGCAAAGGCCUGUGACAGAGCUCACCCUUGAUUGUAACACCCUUGUGAAUGAGCUGGAAGGAGAUUCUGAGAACCGAGGUACUAUAUACCUGUCUGGAGUGAGCGAAACCUUCAAAGAACACCUGUUGCAACAGUCCAGCCUCUUCCUGGGCCUGGAAGCUGUGAUCUUGCCUAAAGAUCUUAAAAGUGGAAAGCAGAAAAAAUACUGUUUCUUGAGAUUUAAAACUUUUGGCAGUGCCCAGAGGGCCCUCGACACUCUCACAGGCAAGGACUGGAAGCUGAAAGGCAGGCAUGCCUUAACCCCCUGGCACCUCCAUUCAUGGCUCAGGGGCUUACCUCCGGAAUCAAGAAGGCCCCCAGGGCUUCGUGUCCUACCUCCCCCCUUGGAGCAGGAGGCCUUGCAGAUGCUGAAGGUAGACCACCCAAAGAUAGCAGCCUGGCGCUGGGGCCGGAAGAUAGGAAAGCUCUACCACAGCCUGUGCUCAGGCACCCUCUGCCUCAUCCUGCUGCCAGGAACCAAGAGCACUCAUGGAUCACUCUGUGGCCUGGGACUGAUGGGAGUAAAAGAAGAGGAAAGCACCACCCCAAACAUGUUUUUGUGAGUCUGCCCACCAUUUUCCAUGUGCCAUUUCUUAAUCCCUCAUGGGCAAUGGCAGAAAAUGGUAAGGCUGCAGGCACUCCAGAGGCUGCCAGAGCUCUCUAUGUAGCAGACAGUUUGUGGAAACAUUGUACCAGCUUAAGGACUCCAGUCCAUUUAUAUGGCAUAUAUAAAUUUUCAAUAAAUGCCUAAAAUUAAACAUUCCUUAUCUUAAGGUGAGGGGAGGAAACCAGUUUGUAUUUUCUUUGUGUUGGUGGGUUUAUACACAGGUAUUGUAGCAGGUGCUCAUUUCAUGUAGCGCUCCUAUUAAAUGGUAUACUGUAUAUAGGUAAGGAAACCAGGAGGAGUGACUUCUCUGUGGAGAAAACCCAGCCAUUAUGUAUUGUCAAAGUUGUAACAUCUGUGAAGCAAAUUUCUAUAAGGCAAACUGUUUUCUAUUGAUGGCUGUUGUAAAAUUGAAGGAAAAAGGCUGACUGAAAAUCUGGCAGGUCCACCAGAGGAAAGUUGAAGACUUUGUAGCUUUUAACCAACCCAGGAAUCCCCCUUUCAAUUCAUUUAGGAAUGCUUCCUGCCUUUCAGAGUGAGACUGCAGUGUUACCCUUUACCAAUAGAUGCCUCCAUCACACCAGAGCUCCCCCGUAGAAGCUUUAAUUUUAGUAAAAGCCUUUGCUUUUUUUUUUUUUUUUUUUUCAAGUCAACUCUCAAAUUGUCAACAUUCUGUCUUGGAAAGGACAUGGGCAUAGGCACACACAGUUCCAAAACUGAGAGGAAUAUUAGCUGCCCUCCAGAAAAGAACUAAUGGGUAAUAUGCAGUAUGUGUCAUUCCAAAAAACCUUUAAAUCACUCCCUACACUGGGACUCCACAAUUCCACUCCAAGAGUAUUAUCCUACAGUAAUAAGAUACUUUUCUCAAAACCAUGUAUGGAGGAGAGAUGCCAUAGGGUUAUUCAAUGGAAUUGUAGGUAGCUGUUUUUAAAAAUUAUGUGUGCACACGUGUGUGUGUGUGUGUGUGUAAGUAAAAUCUCUAGUGAAAGAGAUCUACAAUAAGCAGCAGUAGACCUCUGGAUCCAGACUGCCAGACUCUGAAUUCCAGCUUUCCUAAUUUUCAGUUUUGUAAACUUGAAUUACUAUAAAUUAUUUAACAUCUCUGUGCUUGGUACAUAAUAAUGGUAUGCAUCUUAUAGGAAUGUUGUGAAGAUGAGAUUGUGCAUUUAUAGUAUAGGUUGUAUAAAGCAUGGAGAGUUACAGAAUAGUAUCGUUUGAGUAGAAAAAACUACACAAAGAUAUGUUUAGGCUUGGAACAAAACCUGGAAGGCUAUAUGCCAAAAUAUGAACAGUAUCUCUGGCUAGUGGGAUUGGCAGGUUUGAUUUUACCAAAUGCUUUUUUGUAUGUAGGCUAGUUUUUUUUUUUUUAAAUCAGCAUAUAUUACUUUUAUA